CCCGAAUCAGAACUGUCUUCCGAUGAAAAGUAAGCUGACAUUUUACGUUAUCGGAGUGCCCCCACCUCUUCCUUUUUUUCACGUGGUGCAGGAAACAACGUGCGUUUUCGCGAAAGCUUAACAGAAAAAUCGAAAAAGUUUAGAAAUUUCCAAAGUUAAAAUGUCAAAUUUUGAUCCAUUCUGGUUUUAUGAAGAAAUGAGUGCGUUCGGGCAUUACGAUUUCUUCGAGGACUUAAAUGGCAACUUCACCGGCAAUGGCCAGUUCCGGCCUCCUCCUUUUAACGGGACAACUCCUCGCCCCAACUUCAAUAAUCCGCUUCCGCCGCUGAGGAUGUACACCCCAGGACCGGAGAGGGGCGUCUUCAUGAUGGGAACGAUUCCCGAGCGCAUGGUUCCAGCGCUCUCCUCGCUUAUGCGAGACUUCCAGCGCUUCUCCUUCAGCACCCAGGGCCAGCAGCCCAUGAGCAUGCAGCCGUACGUGGCUCCCAAGCCGGAGAACCUCUCUGAACCUCAGUUCGGAGGUCAACUCCCUCAGUAUGUGUAUGGUGCCCAGCCGACAGUGGCGGGAGGAUCAUUGGGAGGUGCAGAAACUCAGCCGGGGUAUUUUUCCGCUGGGAAUCCCCAGAGCUAUGCUCCGUAUUUCGGAGCCCAACAGGCGCCGCAAUACCAGCCUCCUCCACAGUACCAGCCGCCGCCGCCAUUCCAACAGCAGUCGCAGUACCAGCAGCAGCAGCAAUACUUUGGAGCCGGUCCGUCCUACGGGUACUGCCAACCUAAUAAUGGGUUUGCUCAGACUGGAUAUCAAUCAUACCCAGGCACCUCGAAUGGAGGUACUGGUACAUGUGGGAGCGCUGGUACAAAUGGAAGCGCUGGAACAAGUGGCGGUGCUGGUAUAGGUGGAAAUGCCGCUCGUGCUCCGACUAACACGCCGUUGCCCUUGGAGUACUAUCCAAAUGAUCCUGGCUAUCCCCAGACAGCUCCUCCGGCUAAAGUGGAGAAUUUGUGCGACGAGAUCCGCAAGCUGGAUUUAAAAAUGAUUGCCGUGUUGCAUGCUGACACCCGGACCACUCCAGCCUCGGCCACAUGCGAAUACUGCUACAAUGGUAGAUUCCGGUGCAUCAAGGCCCUGGUGAAUGGGAGAUGCUUUAUCCAGAAGAAGAUGCAGUGCCGCUUUUGCUGGAAGCAGCUGGCCAACUGGGAUCAGUAUGGCGACCACUUGGCCAAGUGUGAGUCUGUAAAGAAGCCCUUCAGCUGCAGCCUGUGCCCUUUCAAGGUCGAGACCAAGGAGGAGCUAGAUGAUCACGCUGGCAACUGCGAGGGAGUCGAUAAGUAAAAAAACAACUUUAAAAUCUGCUUCAAAUAAACAACGAAACUAAACAAAUAAAAUACAAAAAUAUUAAAAAAAAGAAAAA